AUGCCCUUCCCCUUCCAUCCCGAAGCCUUCGCUCUUCUCAUCGCCACCUUGGCAGAGGACCCUCCCGCCUUCCGAUCUCUCAAGGACUUCGCCGCUUGCCACCGUUUCCCCCCUCUCCCCGUAUUGAACACCUCGACUUACAAAGGCCCCAGAGGUGCCCACGCCUUUCAGCAUUUGGCUGCAGGUCACACGUGCACUCCUGAAUGCCACGUUGAUCGACGUCAGUUUCAGGCUGCGAACUUAGACUCCACCCGCUGGUUUCCAGACAACCUGCCUCCUAUGAAUCCUGUUUAUCCUGCUCCUCCUGUACAAAAUCCUGCUGUACAAAAUCCUGCUGUCCUGAAUCGUCCUGUUGUCCUGAACUCUGGCCUGAACGUUAACUCUUCUAGCUGUCGUCAGUCGAACGGCAAUCCCUCUCAAGCGGCUCCUGGUCCUGCCAACAGUCACGACCUAGUAGCACUCCCGACCGCUCUCCGGGACACCCGAAUCCUCCGCUGUCUUCUGGUCCAAAUCCUCGAAAACGACGACACCACAUGCUUGAUGAUUCUCAAGACCAUCAUCGUCCACAUAGAAGGAACCGGCGCAAUCAGGAGAUACAGGUUCGCCUUCAGUCUUCCCCCUCUUUCCAUCGCUGACGGUUUGACCUCCAGUAUGAUGAAGAAGGGGACCGUGCGGGUGUUAUGGGCAGUGGGGGCGGCGAUGAAGAGGAAGAGGAUGAAGCCCACGGGCAGCCAUAUUUCCUUCAACCGAGGGAUGUUCUUCAGGAGCCUCGCAUCGUGA